GGUGCGGAGGAUGGGGGUGGUGAUGUGUGAGUAGUAGCGGCUCCUCUCUCGCCUCAAUGUUGCGGCCAGCCUGGUGGCAGAUCGCUACAAUCCUGGAGGGGAGCCGGGUCGAGUGAGCUAUCUGGGGGUUCCCAAAUUAUAACGGGAAGGGGACAAAAAGAGACAAACAAAAAUCAAAAAAGAGAGAAAGAAAGACAAAAAAAAAAACAAAAAAACAAAAACAAAAACAAAGACACACAGGCGGAUGGACGGAGAUAUAGGCAAGUGUUCCGAUAAGACGCGGCACCAUGGUCGGAUUCUAGAAUAGCAACGCCGUCUUGUGGUUUUAUUUAUUUAUUUAUUUUUUGUUUCUUUUCUGUUCGUGGGGAUUUCCGUUUUUAGUAUUUAUUUAUUUAGAUGUUUAUUUAUUUAUCUAUCGAUUGAUUGCGUUUUAAUUACUGCCUUGUGACAGAGAGCGAAGGAGGAGGAGCGUCAGUGCCAUGCGCGCUCGCUGCUGUGUUCUCUGACUCCUGUUUGUUUGUGCCCCCUUUUAUUUAUCAUUUGUUUAUACCUAUUUAUUAUUAGAUUUAGAAAAAAAACCCCGCUUAAACCGAGCUGUGUUGAAUGCGCGAUCCGGCGCGUUUGCGCGUAUUGGAUGAAUGUAGACGACUAAGGAGCAGCUAAAGACCAAAUAUAUAUACAAUAUCCCCACAAAAUGCAUACAUCUUAACAACUCUGCGUGUCUUUUCUUGUCCUGUCUUUGUGUAAUCUCCGAUGGUGUUGUUCUAAACUGCAAACGCGAUACCAAAGCGGCGACGCCACAGGAAUAGGCUCAGCGACUGUUCUCAUGCCUUCUUCACACCUACAGGAACUGCUGAGGAGUGAGAGGAUAAAAUAAGCUCCGGGGGCCUCUAUGUUUACUCAAGGAGAAAGCUUUAACAGAGCAAAGGUAGUGAAAGAAAGGCGUAGGUGCAUCAGCUUUUAUUCUAAGCUUUAAUUCUAAGGGAACUUUCUACGUAGCUGCAGAAGUCGAGCUCCUCUCUUCCCCGUCUGCGUGAUAGUUACUCAAGGGACCACGUCUAUAUAAGUAUAUAUCUAUAUAUGAAUGCUCUAUGCACAUUUAGGCUACACCAAAACUCUAAUGCAUCACACGUGUACAUAGAAAAGUGCGCAGCCGAGGCUACAUGUGCACACAUCUAACUGCGAAUGUUGUGAGCUCUACAAACCAAAUAUUCCCCCAAAGCUGUCUGCCAGAGAAGAGCCAGAAGCAUCAGAGGAGGACAGAGCUUGUCACCCAGCUUGUGUCAGAUUAUUUGCAUCCAAACGAGAAGCAGGAGGAAGAAGAAGAUCAUGUUUGUUCCCUUGCCGGUGCCGUUCGUCUUUCAGAGAACUGCCCCUGACCUCAGCGCCUGGCGUCUCAAGUCUCCUCUGGCUCUCCGCUCCAACUCUGAUAUCAGGAUGUCAAAGCCAGCCGAGGUUGAGAAAGUCGGGGCUGACUCACCGUUAGAAGGCACAGAGUCAGAGCGGAAUGGACCUGAAUCAAAUCACCAGGUUCAGGCGAUGAAAGUCAGCCCCUUUUCUCUGUCACCAAACCUGAACAGCAGCAAGAAUAAGAUGGAUGAGUGCCCAGAAAUGUCUCCAGGCCUUCCUCCAUCUCACGGCCCGACCCCUUCCCAGACAGCCCUGCAACACACUCAGCUCAUGCUGACUGGCUCACAGCUAGCAGGGCUGACAGCUUUAUUGCCAGCACAGCAACAGCUGCUGCUGCAGCAGGCUCAGGCACAGCUCCUGGCUGCCGCCGUGCAGCAGUCCAAUGCAGCCCAUGCAGCUCAUGCUGCCCAUGCCGCCGCUCAAGCCAAUCAGCAAGCUCAGGCAGCUGCAGCAGCAAAUCAGCAAGCCCAGCAGCAGCAGCAGCAACAGCAGCAGCAGCAGCAGCAGCAACACACAGGACAAACAGGGCAGCAGGCUCAGUCCCAGGGACAGGGACAGAGCACACAGGAGCAAAACACCCAAAGUGUCUCUGUCCCGCCUCCUCCACCUCAGCUCACACUCUCCCAGCCUAUCCAGCUCACAGCCCAGGACAUUCAGCAGCUGCUGCAGCUUCAGCAGCUGGUGUUGGUGCCCGGUCACCCACUUCCGUCUCCAGCCCAGUUUCUCCUCCCGCAGGCACAGCAGAGCCAGCAAGGACUCCUAUCGACACCAAAUCUUAUUCCGCUACCUCAGCAAAACCAAGGGAGCCUCCUGGCUGCUCCAACUAGAAUGGGACUCCAGUCGCAGGUGCAGCGAGAUAAGAGCAUAGAUGUGGGGGGAGGCGGAGGCAUGACUACGGUGCCCUCUGUGACCUCUCACCCCGAGGAGCCCAGCGACCUGGAGGAGCUGGAACAGUUUGCCCGCACCUUCAAGCAGAGACGCAUCAAGCUGGGCUUCACACAGGGAGACGUCGGUCUGGCCAUGGGGAAGCUGUACGGCAACGACUUCAGCCAGACCACCAUCUCUCGCUUCGAGGCGCUCAACCUGAGCUUUAAGAACAUGUGCAAGCUGAAGCCACUGCUGGAAAAGUGGCUCAAUGAUGCAGAGACCAUGUCCAUAGACAGCACCCUGCCCAGUCCCAGCUCCCUGUCCUCUCCGUCUCUGGGCUUCGAUGGCCUUCCUGGUCGCAGGAGAAAGAAGAGAACCAGCAUUGAGACGAAUGUACGUGUGGCCCUGGAGCGUUCAUUCCUGACGAACCAGAAGCCUACCUCGGAGGAGAUCCUGCUGAUUGCGGAGCAGCUGAACAUGGAGAAAGAGGUGAUCCGGGUUUGGUUCUGCAACCGCCGGCAGAAAGAGAAGCGCAUCAACCCAACCAGUGCCACCCCUCCGCUGCCCAGCCAGCCCCCCACUGCCCCACAAACGCACAAGCCGCCCUGCUACAGCCCUCACAUGAUGUCCAGCCAGCUGUCGCAGGCCGUGACCAGUCUCAACAGCACAACGGUGACCACCAUGUCCUCCAUUUGCCCCCUGACCUCCAGCCUCACUUCCACUCACCCCUCUCUCACCUCAGCCCACCCCCCUCUGAGCUCCACACCCUCCCCAGCGACUCCUCCACCUCCUCCCCGCAGCACAGCCAGCCCUGCCACUCCCAGCCACAGUACACUCAACCUAAACACAGGCUUGUGGCGUAUGGGUAAAAAGAACGGUGAAAUGUCCAACUACAUCACUGACUUUGCUGCAAACCUGAGGAACACUGUGAUGGGAGUUAACACGGGGAUGAACCAAGCCCUCCUCGGUAACAAUCCCCUGGCCACUAUCCAAGCCCUAGCAGCCAGUGGUGGUCAGCUGCCUCUUUCCACUCUUGAGGGCGGCAGUAAGGUGAUGCUUGGGUCGUCUGGGGGUCAAGGAGGCGGGCUUCCCUCCUCCCUCUUCCUCAACCACCCGACCCUCCUUCACAUGGGUCAGAACCCCGGCGUUGGUCUGGUCAGCGCCGCCAUAGCCAAAGUCUCCCAGCCCUCAAACUUCCCCUCGGCCAGCAGCAUCAGCCCCACGCCCUGCUCCCCCUCCCCCUGCUCCAGUCCUGCCUCCUCCUGCUCCUCCAGCGAAAUGGCACACAGCCCAUCCUCCCUGGGGGGGCCCAAGAUUGAGUGACCACAGCUGGGGGUCAAUCAGAGAGGAGCAGAAAGGAUUAAAGAAGAACCUCGCCUUUCACACCAAAGCUAUCUCUUUCUCUCUCUUGUGCUCUUCUUCCGUUUUUGUUCUCGUUUUGUUUUUUCCCGGCGUCUCUCUCCGUCUUUCUCUCCAAGUCUUUCGAUGCCAAAAAUACACAGAAUGAAAGAGGAGAGAAGGAGGGAAAGAAGUAAGAGAAGGGAAAAGGAGGAGAAAGAUUGAAACCAAAAAUCUUUAUGUAUCCAGUCGGAUGAAACGGAGACAGCAAUGGACAUUUUUCUCUAAAACGUGCGACGUGGCACGUUUCUCUGAAGGAAAACAAACCAAUGACUCUGCAACAAAGAGGUGGAAGAGACGGCACGUCCGAGUGCAUAAACCAAAAAUGACAAAAAGAUAACUUUGACUAUAUGACAAGAAGGAAUGGCAGCACGGACAAAGAAACAAAGAGGAGAACUAUCCUUUUUUUUAAAAAAAUGUCAUUUUCCAAAAAGCUGCGGGUCUGAAAGAAGAAGAGGCGAUGCGAGGAGGAUACAUUUAAACCAAAAAUUUUACCUGAGGAGGUGGAGGAGACACAAUGAGACAAAAAAAAAAAACAAAACAAAACAAAAAAAAAACAACAACCAAACCAAAAUCACAAAUACCAAAAAUACGGAGAGAAAAGCUUUAUUCAAAGGACGUGUAAAUACUGAAGCUAUCCAGGACCAGGACUCUACUGCUACUGCAACAAGCAAACACACAAGCAUAUGAAACAUGAAGAACCAGCUCAUCCGGUCACUGACUCAUUCUGUCUCUCACUUCAUGUGUCUCUCACGGAUUUUUUUUUUAAUAUAAUUUUGUAAAAUAGUGUUACUUUUUUGCAUCAUGUGUGUGAGCGUCUGCUAGAAGAGCAUAAAAUUGCAUUCGUUUUUCUAAAGUCCAACUUUUUAGCACGUUAUUUUCUAAGUACAGUUUAACAUUAGUUUUUCUUUUACUAUUUAUUAGUGCUGUUACACAUUUCAGCUCCUAUUUAUUGUUGUGUGCUACUGUAGUUUUAGCUCUCAUCAUUAUCAUUGCCAUCAUCUUCGUCUGUGUCAUCAUCGUUGCCAUGUAUUUUGUUUGUAACGCGACUCUCCCUGCAGCAGGGCGAAAGUGAUCCAGUCCUCGCCAAGUGCCGCCAGCUCGCAGAUCGAGAUGGCUCACUUUGUUGUAACUUACAGUGUGAAUUCAUUCAUUAUGAACAGGUUGACAUUUUGAAGCGCUUAUUUAGAUCGCUCGACCCUCACUCUUUAAGAUGAAAGUGUUGAAUGUUGUUUCUUUCUCAGUAAAAAAAAAAAAGAAAUCCUAAUAAGUUAGUCCAUAAAUGAAUUUAUAUGUAAAAGAAUUGAUCAAAUGUAUUAAAUACUGAGCCACAAAAGUAUUUUUUUGGUAAUGGCAGCUUAUCACAUGAAAUAAAUCUUGUUGUAUUGUGUCCUAAUAUAGGCUGAGUCCAACUCUUUCUAAAGCCGUUGGAGGCUCUAAUUUUCUCCUGAGAAACUUUUCUGACUAUCCACUAAACUCAGUUAUCAUACGUACUAGGAGGAACACCUGGUCUCCUCCUCACUCCACUGGUUUAUGGUGAAAUGAUGUUCUACUCAACUCUUAAUUUUAGCCCAAUCAGUGCUCUCUGGAAUAUUCAGAACCUUAGAAACAUGUCAGCAACCAACGGCAUUCCUUUGAUUUGCAACAAUAAGGUUUUCGGAAAGCUCUUAGUAGAUAAUUGUCAUGCUCUUUGUAAGCUUUUAAAGAAGACCUAUUAUGUAAAAUUCACUUAUUGCACAUUUUUAUGCUUCCAUUUGGGUCUCAACUGCUUCUAAAAACAGCUUUAAAAUAAACAGCCAGCUAUUUUUUGGCAAUAAGUUAAUGUUUUUGGAAAACAGACUGUUACCUAGCAACACCAUUCCCAUUACCUGGCAACCCAAGCAAGUUUACCACUGUAUGUGCUGUACAAUGGCUGCUGGAAAAGACAAGUGUUUUGUUGUAGACUAACUAUUCAGAACCUACUUUCUGCAUUGUUGUUGAAUGUGCAGGAGGCUCUACUACUGCUUCUCAAAGAUGUACAGGUGCAUAAUUACGCAUCUGUUUGCAGCCAUUUUCACGUGUAAACAUUGAGUUAAAGUGUGUGGCCAGCAGCAACCUAAUUGGAUUUAAAGUGACAAGAUGACUAAAAACAGCUCAUUCUGAAACUAGCUCAAAAUAGAUAGAAAAAUCUCAUUAUCUAAGAAUAAGUUUGUGCAAAAAAUGAAACAGACAUGUUUUGUAUAGAAACAUAGACGUAUUCUCAACUGUUGAAGGAAGCACAACAGGUCACCUUUAGUGGACUAACCAAUAUUUAUUUAACUUAUAAAAAGCUUACUUAAUAGAGACCAGAUUCCACUUUACUACAGAUAACUUUAUUAUGGACUAAUUUGUUUUGAUUUCUUUGGGGCUGCUUAUUUUUUUCUUUUGUGUUUUUACCAACAUCUGAUCUGGAUUUCAUCUCAGCUGCCACUUUAGAAAUAUAUUUACUGAGAGAAGCACUGAUACUUGUUGAGCUCGUUAUCAGGGCAGUCCGUGUCUAAAUGAACAUGCCCAGGAAACUUUGCACGCUGAAAAUGAUGUUGAAAGUAUGAAAUAGGGGCUGUGAUGGAAGAUUUGAAGGAAUAACCACUGAGACUGAAGGCUAAAUAAGUCAAUAAAGCCAAGUUUAGUCACAGCUUGCUCUCGUCCCUGCGUCGUCUAUCAGCACAGACCGCCUGACAUCUGUACGUCUCGAUGUAUAUGUCUGCUUCCAUCAUCGCUUCAUCAGUCACAUUUCACAUGUCAUUUUCCACCCCACUCUUCCAUUAAUCCUCAAAUAGAUACCAAAGCAUUAUGUUCUUCUCGAGCCUUAGCCGAGACGUAAACACAAUAAAGAGGCUCCUGUGGGGAGGGGUGCAUUUCUGAGGGACGGGGCUGAGAACAGGAUGCUGCCACUGAAAGGCCCCACUGGAGAAUCUCCUCCACCUGAAAGCUUUAUUUAGGGGCUGAUCUUUUACUCUGAACACCCCACACACAGACACACACACACACAACACACAACAAAGGGUAGUCACACUUUUUUCUAAAGAGGAUACCAAAAACAAACCCAAACCAAACCAAAACGGCGAACUCUCACUACCCAAGGAAUGACUGAAGCAAACCAAAAAUAACCCAAACCAAAUGUGGCUGGAGGGAGGAGGGGAGGAGGACCAGCAGAUAUCCGCCUGUCCGUCUGUUAGCUUUAGGCCUGCAGAACUGCGGCCCGCUCUGAAACUGUGUAGCACUGAUGGAGGGAUGAACAGACAGGCAGAAAGACAAGAAAAACAAAGAAUGGGUCCAUUCCUCCCUUCCUCUGCCUCCCUCUCUCCAGCUCGGCUCUCUGGUCCUGGAUGGAGCUAAACGCAAAUGACCUCACUGAACUGAAAUUUGUUUUUAUUUCAAAUGUUUUUAGUUUUGAUUCUGAUUCCUUUGUCCCCUCUGCUGUGUCUCUUGAUGCCGUUUCAUGUACUGUAUUUUAGUGCUUAUUACUUAUUUGGAAUAACGUACUCGCUUACUUACUUACUACAAGAGCUCCUUAUUUUUUUUGUAGUCGUGCUAGAGAUUUUUAUCAGGUGGUUGACGAUAAAAACAAAAAAAUACUGUGAAAAUUUAGCUUCCAGAUUUUUAUUAGCCUGUCCUGGCGGGGGGGCAAAUAGACAACACAAAAGCCAAAUUGAGCAGCAAACCUUGAACUUGUCAAACCAAAUACUGAAGCAAACCAAAUUGUGCACGAGGACAAAGAAAACGGGUCAGUUUGUCUGAGGUGAGCGUUUUCUGCAUGCAAGUGUUCGUUGGAGGCUUAAAAAUGAAGACGUGGGUUGGGUCAGGAGUGAUGUCUUGUAAUUUUUUAACCCAAAGACGGCAAUCUGAGCUACACUUUAAGAUGCAGAGCUGUACUCGCAGCGUAGGUCUCGGUUUAUUUGACGCGUGGGGAGUUGGACUCUAUCCAAAGAAUAUUUGGUUUGAUCCUCGCCGGGCGAAACAGUCGACACACGAGAAUCGUUUCACGAACCAAGCUUUAGAUGUGGAAGGGAGGGUUUGCACCUUAAAGGUGAGGCCUUCUCUCCACAUUGACUCUUAGACGGAAUGUAUCUGUUAGUGCUUCUAUAGAUUUUGUAGAAAAAAAGAUCUAUGUUCUACUGCUUACUUAUCGCUGAUGUACUGAAAAGAAAAAAACUUUAAAAAAAAAAAAGACUUUGAGAAAAAAGAUCCUUAAAACAUUGAUAACUUGAUUUUAGACCAAAAAUUUUAACUAUCUCUCUUUGGAUUUUUUUUUAUUGUUAUUUCUCUUUUUUCAAUCAUGAUUUAGACUUUUGAUUGUACUAUUUAUUCAGGGUUGAUUUAUUGGCUUGUCUGUUUAUUCGUUAAUUUAUUUCUAGAGGUGCUUUUCUGAUCAUGUGAUGGGUUUGUAAUGGAUUUUCUUAUUUUAUGCCCCCUGUGAAAGGCCUUUAUUUUACUUCUUUACACCAAAUUAUACCAGAAAUGUAUUUUAAAAGCCCUGUAGAGACUCUACAUACAGCUCAACAUCAGUAAAGAUGUGUAACAAGCCUUUAAAUAAAUUAAUAUUUUAUUGCAAUAACAUAAUCCUACACUGAAAAUCUUUAGAAAAUCCAAUGAUAAGUGAUUAUUGUUUUUAAUAUUAUUGAUGGCACACUUAUUAGGGCAUCUAAUUAUUCCUUUAUAUUAAUUGCAUCAAUUUAAUUUAAGUUGUGGAUCAAAGUAUAAUUUUCUAAUUAAUAAUUCACAACUUCCUGUUUGUCUUGGGUAUAUAUUUUUGUGACACCAAGAUCAUUUUUCUUGACAGAUCUCAAAAUAAGACUCUCAGGAGAUCAUGCUAUUUUAAUAAGGCCGAUGUGUUGAUCUUAAAUAGCCACAAAAAUAGCUAGUUAAGCUCCUCAAAUUUUUGAACUACCAGAAUAUUUUAUAUAAAAACCUGAUGCAAUUAUCCAGAAAAAUGAGUAUGGGUCAUCAAAAGAUCAUUCAGCUGAUUAAUGUUUCAAAAACUGAGCAAAAUAAUGAAAACAUGAUUCACUAGAUGAAAAAUGAAGUACAGCUCAAUCCCCAGACCUACACACUGUUGGCAAAAGGUGGUUGCGAAAUGAAUUAACAACAUGAGUAUCAACCAUUUUACCACUAGUUACCAUAUGGUAUUUUCACCACAACGAACUUUCUUCUUGCAAUAAAUUAUGAAUUUAUUUUAAGCCUUCUGCACAUCUCUACCAGGUGUUUCCAUUAAUGUUGCAGGCCCUGUGAAUUUAAAGUGGCAGCACUGUGCGCAAAACACCUCAUGAUUGUUUUGACACAGAAGAAGUUAACAUUUUUGAUUUCCUUGACUUACAUUUUCCCUUCAAUCUCCUUGAAGUUCAAACUCUGAUGAGUAAACAGGAAAGCGAUUUGACUGUGAGUCUUAUCGUGAGGUCGUUGUGGCACAGAGCUGCUUCUUUCUUUUAAUACUCUCCACAUCAAACCAAGAGCUUUACUGUUACGCCAAAAACACAGAAGAGGAGUAUCAACGGUGGCAAAAAGCUGAAGUGUUUUUUUCCCGACAGAGACAACAGAAGGAGGUAGAGUCCUACAUUACCCUCUAACUAACUUCUUGUUUUGUCUCUGUUUCGUUUUGCUUCUGUAUCUUGUUUUGUUUUCACUUUCCUGUACGAUUGCUUUAAAAUGAUUUCUUCAUCCACUGUCAGAUGUAAAAGAGAGAUAGUUCAUCAUAUACCUCAUAUUCUUUGAUGAUAAACCAAAUAGAUGAAUGCUUUAAAAAGCGGGGUUCAGGUGCGGAUCAGGGUCCUGGAAUGGGUCCAGGUGCAGGACGGUGUGUUUGCUCUGUGAGAUCUGGUCCCUCUUCAGUCUCCACAUAGCUGCACGCUGAUCCACCCUCCCUGGAAACUCAACCCUCUCCUCACAUUUGAGCCUCACUGCUUCCUCCCUGUCAAACCUGGACUGUGGGCUUGAUGCUGCUCUUUGACUUGGAUCUUAGAUCAGCUCCGGAUCUGGGUCCGCCUCGUAGCGGCUUUAUCACCAAAGCUGUCCCCUCUCUGGUCCCUAACGCCCGACGAGGGGGCUUGUUGUUCAGUUUAAUGCCAGGGAGCAGCUGACUGAAGUAACUAGGUGACAUGUACAGACAGUUAUGUGUAUGUGUGUGUUGAGGAAGUGGAAGCUGGAGGGAGAGGUGAGCACAUUAUCUGAACAUCUGGAUUCUCCGUGUUUUCCCCCUUUGGAGGAAAGGAGAAAGAGCGACUCUGCUGUGCAACUCAGGGUUUGAUGGACUUGGUGCACAGUGCAGGACUGUGGUGGGGAUACCCCACUAAGCGAAUGAUACCAAAGUCUAUGCCCCACCAUGGAUCCAGCACUAUGUGCACACUCCCUAAAAUCUUGAUACUGGCAGAGUGUUUGCUGAAAAGCUCUGUUACAAAACAAUGGCAGCAGGAUUGUCUGAAGUACAUAAAUUAUACUCUUUAACAAUUUCAGAGCAAGGAUCUUUAGAGGGUUCUUUUUUGUCAUCUUAGCACAAAGACUGGAAUUAACGCACUUACAGCAAUGCAAAAUUCAAAUUAACUUCCAUUUGGGUCUCUACUGGUUCUGAAAACAGCCAAUGCACUUAAAACACACCCGGACAUUUCUUGGCAAUAAGUUAAUUUUCUUAUGUCUGAAAAAUGAGUUGUUAAGGUAGUCCAGCCUGUUACCUAGCAACUCCACUGGAACUCCACCAUGUUGGUCAGCUGGUUUUACUGCUGAAUGCGCUGUACAAUGGCUACUGGAAAAGACAAGUGUUUUAUUCUUAACUUACCAUUUAGGAACCAAUUGUUGCAUUCUCAUUGGUUGUGCAGGAGGCUCCAGUUCUGCUUUUCAAAUACGUACAGUUGUGUAAUUGUGCACCUGUUUGCAGCCAUUUUCAUGUGUGAGUGAAAGCGUUAAGUUGGGGGCGUGGCCAGCAGCAGCUUAUUUGUAUGUAAAGUGACAGGAAACCGCUCAUUCUGAAAGGAGACAGAAGUGAGCAGAUUAAAAUCUGAUUAUCUAAGAACCAUUUUUGAGCAAAAAAUUUAAUGAAUAUAAUAGUUCACCUGUUUUCAUAGACCAUCUCUUCAACACACUGAUUUUAAAUCCAUAACGUGUGUUGAACCACGUUUUAGGGGUGUAAUGUAGUGUCAAGUAACAUGUCUAAAAAUUGUUUAUAUAGGAAUAAAGUGUUACAUCUGUAGCAGUAAAGUAGUGCCAGGGGUAAAAAUAAAAAGGAUCUCUGUUCAGCUGGUUCAGAAAAUCAAUGCUGGCUUUUGAGUUGAUUAAGAAAUCUUCAACUUUACAAGUCAGGAUUACAACAUUAAGAGGACUUCCCUUCCAGCUCUCCAUCAAGGAACUUGGAAAUUCCAGUUUCUGUGAAUGGAAACCCAGCAAAAGAUCCUCGCUUAGUCCUUAGUUCCCCCAAGCUAGGAAGUUGGCUAAAUCCCAGGAUUUAUUACUGUUAAAACAAACCUAUUCAACUGAACUAAAAUCCUCCUAAAUGAUGCAAGCACACACUUUUAUAAUACAAUACCACUGGGGUCUGGAUUAUUUCACAUGCAGAUUGUGCACAGUUCCUGUAAAACUAUUUGGAUGGUUCCCUAAUUGAAGAUGAAUCAUUUCCCUUUCAUUAGUUCUUGAUUAUCCAUGUAACGUCUUGUAGGAACUAUUAGAAAAAAGAAAAAUCAGUAAAACAAAGUAUUGUUGCAGUUUUGUUUGCAAUUAAUUUAAACUGCAUCUGGAUGGCUACAUUCUGUGGAAAAUUUUGAAUUUAGCUGGAAAAAUGUAUUGUUUGCAUUGCUCUUGAAAUACAAUACUCUCCCUAAUAUUGCACCUAAGCAGUUCUUUGGAAUUUCAUGUUGAUGACUGAAGAUGAUAACGAUUUAACAAGGCGUGGUAUUCAUUUGAAGCAGCGGUGGCUGAGCUCCCCUCACUGGAAACUGAAGCCACUGCUGCUUGAGGCUUUAUGUGUCAUCAGCCUGUUAAAGUCUCACUAAUAGACAGCAAAAGCCACAGAAACAGCAAAAAUGCAAUACGAGCUUUUCUGUCCUGAACCGAAAGUUGCAAGUGAACCAGAAAAACGGUGAAGUUGAAAAUGAAUCAGCGUGACAAACAUAGAGUGAGAAAGUGCAUUUAAACUAUGAUGACGAGGAGAAGAAGAAGAAGAAAAAGGUAUGCAAUCUGUACAAUCAGUGAUGGCACAUGCUGGAGGUUAGCAAAACGGUCUGAAUCAGCAGUGAUUCAUAAUUUCCACUUUGUUUAGGCAGAGGAAAGCCAACUCCUCCAUCUGUUUCCAGUCUUUGUGCUAAGCUAAGUUUACCAACCACAAGCCUGCAUGGCUCUCUGUUUUUGUGCAACCUCCUAUUAAAACUACAGCUAUUCCUUGGAUUCACGUGAAGAGAAGCAGUUUCCCAAAGUCAUGAGCAAUAUUUCCUUUAUUUAGAAGGAGAGGCAGCGCAAGCUGAGCAAAAGGAACCCUCAACAAAGCUGCCACAUCUUCCUCCACCCACUCUCAUCCACACGUACGCACUCUUCCUCUACUUCAUCUCUUCUCUACUCUUCUCUCUUUCUCUUUUCUACAAUACAGCUUUAGUCCAAAGGUUCUGCAGCAACACAGCAAAGCAAAGUCAGAUGUUAAAGAAUAAAACCAAAGAGCUCUAACUUGAUCCUCUUUUUAAACUCGAGCCCUCCGUCCCUCACCUUUCCCUGUCUGCCCUAUUUCGUCACCUAGUGAGCCAGAAUUUGAAGCAUUAACCUCAGCUAUCCAAAGGGAAAUAAUAAUAAUAAUAAUAAUAAUAAUAAUAAUAAUAAUAAUAAUGAUCAUUAAGAUAUUGAUGAUGAUGAAAUGUAUAUUUUUAAGUAUUUGUCAUUGGGGGAAAAAAAGUAACCUUAAACUUCUCAUGAGUAAGAUGAUGACAACGGUGAUGAUGAUGAAAAAGAAGUUUCUCUUGGUAUCUUUGUAGCUGUUCAGAUCCUUCCUAAGUUUGUGUCUUUUUCUGCUCGUGCUGCCAGAGUACCGCUUUACUCCCCCCUUAUUCUCCACGCUCAUUCAUUCCCAAUGUUUGACCCUGACGUCUGUCUGUCUGUCUGAGUUUUAACCCCCUCUGCGUUUGUCUGAGAGCUGUAAAACCAUCCUGAUGGGGAAGUUUGGGAUUUUUCUCUGGAAGUUGGUUCAUGUUUACAGACAGCGAGGAGGCUGUUACAACUGUAACCGUACCUGUAUGCGUGUGUGUGUGGGGGGGGGUGUGUGCGUGUAUGUGUGGGGGUGUGUGUGUGUACACGGUUGAUUAAUAGGCGGGGGGGUUUUCGGCUGUUAAAGGACAAAAAGAGCCCUUGUUCUUGUUACAAUAAUGCAUCCCGGCUCAUGAUCUGUACUGUUUGCCAACUUCCCAAAAGAUGUAGCUUUAAUCUCUCCACCUCUGUCACAACAGAGUGUUUCCUUAUUUUAUGUGUGUGUGUGUGCGUGCGUGUGUGGGGGUGCGCGUGGGAUUUGUGUGUGUGGGCAUGUGUGUGCGUGUGUUUGCAGGUACGGCUGUGUUAACGUUGCCAAUCCUUUUGUCUCUUUCCAUUCUGUGAUUUGUCUCCCAUCUGCACUUUUUUUCCUAUCCUCCCCGUUUCCGAUCCCGUGGUAGCAACUUAGACUUUUAGUGUAUUUAUCUUGAAAACCCCCAAAAAAGAAAGAAAAAUAACUGCUUGUUCAUUGUACAGUGUUGUUCAUUUUAAGUCAUUUUUGUAACUGAAAGUGUUUCAUUCAUCCAAAUAAAACAGGAGACAAAAACUGUA